ACGAUGACGUUUCACUCGCGAGCAUCGGUCGCGCCUCGCCGAGAUCCACGAGGCGCCCGAGGCGAGGAGGAGCGCGAGGUGACGAGGUGGAGACGACGACGGCGACGACGACGACGGUGCCCCUCGGUCUCGAGACCUCCGCCGCGCGGCCACGAAGUCGACAGCUUGCUGCACGCUGCACAAGACGACGAUCGCGACGUCGCGGCUUCCCGCAGCCGCAUCACGCGGAGAGACCUCUCUCUCUCUCCUUCGGCUUCGGGCCGAACGGACGGACGAACGGACCCAGCGAGAACACUCGAGAUACACCCACUGUACACGGCGAAAACGUCAGAGAGAACGUCGGAGAGCGAACGUGGAUCGUGCGAUCCGACGCAACGCGGCGGACUCGACCGAGCCGAACGACGGGACGAACGUAUGUGCCCGCGCCGCGGCCACCGCCGCUCGGGUCCGGGCCCAGGGCCGUACGACCCCGCGCGUGACGCUCGGUGGAAGACCCGACACUCGGAUCUACACUUGACCCGCAUUCCUGGCACGUAUAUGGAGCCGGAUUGUGACGAGGAUUUGUCGCAUGAUACUUUCCUGAGUUCUGGGCGGCAGAAACGGACAAACGGUUCCGCAAGGUGGUGGCACCUGCCGGAACCGUAAUCGUCAUUGCUGCAUACGAACAGGAGAGCUUCUCUGCGCCUAAACGGCAUUAAUGAACGGCAAUGUUUAGAGUUUGAACAUCUCCUACCCUAUUCGGCGCAUCUGUGACGUCAACAUAAUUCUAAUCGUAUGAGAAUUUCCUUAGCGCGACUAUAAUAGCGCAGCGUAACAACCUGUCUAGCUGUAAUGUUUAUCCAUAACUGAACGAAGGUUAACAAUUAGCAGUAAUGUUGUCUUAGAUCUGUAUUUCAACUAAAACUAAUUGGUUUUUUAUCAAAUAAACAUGACUUUUUUUCAUGCAAUAGUAUAA